CCCAGCAGUUGGCUCCUAUGGGUCGGAGGCCUUCUCUCGCGCGUUCAGCUGCUCGCGAAUCAAGUGUCUGUACUUUGGCAGCGCCGGACGCGCCAGCGACUUACAACUGCUCAUUAUGAAGAGUGCGGUCCGGGAUCGAUUGAUGCUGCCUUUUGUGCUCCCACGUGGACUUCCAGGCAGAGCAGAAGUUGCAGAUUGUGUCUCCUUCUCUCUGCUCCGCUCUCCGUUCGAGCAGCGCGCAGACAGCAAUAGCAAACGGAUCGGAUUAGCAACAGCCCAUCAUGUGGCGACGGGUCACAGCCAAAGCUUGGGACGUCUACCUGGAACACUUGGGGGGUGUGAGCCGCCCCUUCGGGAGGGCCUCCCUCAAAAGCUGCGGCAGAAUAGGGGUAGCGACAGUCUCGGUUGACCCCGCUGCAGGCUUGGCAGAUCAGCCCGCGAAGGUUGCGGUUUGGGGACUCCCGCCUCUGCAGGAAGUGACCCUAAGGGCGCUGGCGGUGAACGAGGAGGGCAUCCUCUUUGAUUCCUGUGCCCAUUACCAGGCGGAUGAGCAAGGGCAGGUAGAUCUGUCCAAAGACCGCUCCAAGGGAGGCGACUACACGGGCUUGGAGCCCAUGGGGCUGUUUUGGAGCCUCUCGCCUGCUGCAAUGGAGAACCCCUACCAAAGGCUGGAGCCCAGAAAAGUGAAGGGUCCCAUGAAACUGGAGAUGUCAGUGCACCAGGGUUACAGCCAGCCCGGUGCUAUCCCUGGACAGGUGCUUGCCAAAACGAACGUGGAAAGGCGGUUCAUUCUUCCCGAAGUGAGAAGGAUCAGAGUGAAGGACGGUGCGGUGAGAGGGAGCUUGUUCCUUCCCGCAGGUGAGUUGGGUAGACUUGGCAGUGGGACGGGGCUCAGGCUGCUUAUUUGUCCUGAGGGAACCUAGUUAACUCAAAAGUUGACAGUCACCUUGCUUUUGCAGUCCCAGACAGGCAGCAAAACAGGGUAACGCUCAGAUCCUUAGUGGGCAGCUAUGCAAGGCUGGUGGGUUGUGUUCAGCUUGGUAGGGCACAAAUAGGACAGGCCUUCAGUAGAGAUGAUAAUAUCCAAAUGAUAAUAUUCCAAAACAAUAAGGGUUGCAACUAGCACACUUUCCCCAAAGAGUAGCCAUCACUCAUUUACCAACAAGUAAUUUCAGAAACAAAUACCGUAUUUUUCGCUCUAUAACACGCACCAGACCAUAACACGCACAUAGUUUUUAGAGGAGGAAAACAAGAAAAAAAAUAUUCUAAACGAAAUAGUGGAUAUAUGAUUUUUGUGGUUCAUGCUGUGGCCACAGACAUGUGAUCUGACAGUGAGUUUGGAUUAGCCCAAUGCAAAAAUCCUGAGGAUCCAUGUGGAUCCAUGCUUUGUAACCACGGAGGAGGGAAGGAAGGGGAACCAUGGAUCCUCUGCUCACGACUGCAGCCGAUCCCCCCCGCCACCCGCAGGCAUUCGCUCCAUAACACGCACAGACAUUUCCCCUUACUUUCUAGGAGGAAAAAAGUGAGUGUUAUGGUGCAAAAAAUACGGUACUUAACAAGCCAGAUUUAAACUUUGGCAAUAAUCAUAGUGUAUCUGCACUGAAUUCAGCCAGAGCCACCAGUCCACAAAUAUGAAUAAUGUACAUGUUUUCCAUAUGGGAAGAUUUAGUUAUAAGACGCAUGAGUCUAUACAUUGGUUUUUAAACAAAUGCAAAAACAAUAACCUUUUAACACUUGCUCAGCAUUACCUCUAAUGGUAUUUGUUCUAUCCAUUGACUUUACACAUAAGCUUACACAUUCAGUGUUCAAAUAUAUUACUUAAUGUAACCUCUCCACUGAGACAAUAGAGCGGUUGGUAUAACAAGUUAUUGAUUUUGGUCAUUAACAUAGAAAGGGGUCCACAUUUCUUGGAAGCUGCCUCUUUUUGUUAUGCCUUUACUUGCUCUCCUGCGUCCAGUGAGAUGCUCAAAUAUUGCUGUAUCCCAAAUAUUUCCCCCCAUAUAUUCGGGGGUCUUUCAGACUGGUUUAUCCGUUGUUGAGCUAUCACUAAUUAUGCUGCAGUCAGUAAGAAGGCUACUAAUUCUCUGUGUUGCAGGGUGAAGCCCAAGUCUAUGUCUAAAGAUAGUAGGGCUAAGGCAGGAUUUGGAGAAAGGUUGGCUUUUAACUGUGGAUAUAAUGGAGAAGAAUUUUUUCCUUCCCUCCUUGUCUGAUUGUUCCUCCAGUUUCAUAGAUAAAUCUUCAGUCGUUGUUUGUAAGAGUUGCAUCUCAGACUGAUUGGUUACAGCAAGAUUGUGCGCAUCGUUUGCUGUUUUAGAAAUAUCUGACAGUUGUUUAGAUAGCAUCUCUAAUUUCUGCUCAGAAAGAACUAGGGCUGCUCCGGCUGCUCCCCUGUCCAAGAUUGGUGUCUACCUUCUUUUAUUAAUGUACUCAUCUGAGUCUCUGUCCUCUCCCACUGUGGCAGAUACUUUCCCGCCUUUUGGUGCCCUCAUGUUGCCUUUGGUCAUACCAGUGUCUGACGCCUCCUCUGAAGCCUCAGACAGGGUUCCUGCUAUUUCUUCCUGAAGAUCUAACCUCACAGAUUUGCUUUUUGGUCCCUGUAGUCCCCGGAUCAUUACCUCGCUGGGGCUGUACAAAAGUUUGUGUUUAGAUAUUAGUAGGAUCCACUCUGCUUAGAUUUUGCCCUGGGGUGAUGGAGACACAGAAUUACUUCGCGGUUUAGCUUUCCAGCUAGCCACGCCUCCUGAAUUUUACAUUUAAUAAUAAUAAUAAUACUAACUUAAUUUAAUAAUUGUUUACAUUGCAUGUACCUGGAGGAGUGACUGAGUGAGAUGAAGGAGCUUGACUUCUUUAAUUCAUCUGCCUCAGUGAGGUCCAAGAUACCAGGUUGACUUGGCACCUCACUGCUGCAUGUUAGUUCAAUAAUUUAAAAAACCUGGCUUGGUGGGGAAUACUUACUACUUGCAUUUAUUUAGUAUCAACAAUGGGUUAUGUCCAACUAAGUUUUCUUCAUAGAGUAGACCCAUUGAAAUUAAUGAAUAACUUGGUUCCAUUAAUCUCAAUAUGUCUACUCUGAGUUGAGGUUAGUUGGACACAACUCAGUGGGCUUAAAACUUAAAACUUAUAUUCAUUUUGUUUAUUUAUCCCUUCAAUUACUGGGGAUUUUAUAAAAUAUAAAAUAAUUAAACAAGUUAUAUUUAACACAGUACAUUAUGUGAACCUACAAGACUGCCUUAUACCACAUCAUAUAAUUGGCCCAUCUAGUAGCUGUGUCAGCAUUCAUCAACUGUGGCCUUCCAAAUGUUUUGGACUACAACUCCUAGCAGCUCCAGCUAACAUAACCAUGGUGGUUGGAGCUGAUGGGAAUUGUAGUCCAUAACAUCUGGAGGACACCAUGGAAAUGGCUGUUCUCCAAAGUCUCAAGCAGAUGUCUUUCCCAGCACAGCUGCCUGAGAUCCCUGAAGAUGCUGAAGAUUGAACCUUGAACACAGUGGUAUAAGUAGCUGCCAGAGCUGAAUGAUCAAGCCCAGAUGUGAUGUUUUAAUGUACCACUGGUGUACAAAAGGAGUUCUUAAAUCCUAUCAUAUGCCUGAGAUUUCCCCUAACAACCUGAUCCUAUGCAUGUAAGCUUCAGUGUGUUCAAUAGAAUUUACUCAGGUAAGUGUCAAUAGGACGACGGCCUUAAUAUCCUUUCUACAGCUUGAGGACCACAGCACUGCCUUUCAGGGGAGCAACAGAGCUGUCCUGACGAUUUAGAGGAAAAUGCAUGAUUCUCUGUGUGAGGUACUUAGCAUUCAUACCAAAACUGUAAUAUCCUUUGUUUGAAAUCUUUGGGGGUCACUAUGUGAAUUAGGGUUAUCAAUGGCCUUGUAACUGAAUGGAAAACCAAAGAUGUGUAAGGUAAUAAAGGGGAGAAAUUGGAAAUCAGGGGUGGGGUGAGGGAAAGUCUAGAAGGGAUGAAUAAGUAAGUAAUUUGGAUGUUAAAUUGUUAAACUAUUGAAAAUAGAAAAUUAAACAUAAAAAAGAGAAGAGUCCAAUAUAUACAGGCCUGAACAAUACUGGUAUGACUACAGUAUAAUGUCUCAAUUUUGCUAAAAUGAGUGCUGUAAUACAGAAUACAAAUUUUUAACUAUCUACUAACCUAGUGGUUGGUAUUUGCAGUUUUUAAAUACAGACAGGAGGCCACUGAAUAAGGAAAGAAAUACAACAUAAAAUAAUACUAUCAUAGGAUGAAAAUAUAAUACUGUUAUUAAAGAGAUAUGGUUAUUUUAACACAGAGGUCAAAGAGUGGAAAACUUGCAUCACACUGUCCCACCAAAUUAAAUGGGGCUUACUUCUGAGUAUAAGGUAAAGGUAAAGGGACCCCUGACCAUUAGGUCCAGUCGUGGCCGACUCUGGGGUUGCGGCGCUCAUCUCGCUUUAUUGGCCAAGGGAGCCGGCGUACAGCUUCCAGGUCAUGUGGCCAGCAUGACUAAGCUGCUUCUGGCGAGCCAGAGCAGCGCACGGAAACGCCGUUUACCUUCCCGCCGGAGUGGUACCUAUUUAUCUACUUGCACUUUGGCAUGCUUUCGAACUGCUAGGUUGGCAGGAGCAGGGACUGAGCAACGGGAGCUCACCCUGUCGCGGGGAUUCGAACCGCCGACCUUCUGAUCAGCAAGUCCGAGGCUCUGUGGUUUAACCCACAGCGCCACCCGCAUCCCACUUCUGAGUAUACAUGUCUAGAAUUGCACUGCAAGUCAUUCAAAGCAUUUUCUCUUCUUCUUUGCUGAAAAUGUGGUAUCAGUGUUUUGUUGUAUUUUGAUAAUAAUGUAGUUUUAAUAGUGUCAUUCUGGUUAGCAUUUUAUGAACGUUUCUUUCAAUGUUCUGUGCCCUAACAACAUUUCUCUCUGCUUUCAUUAGGAAAUGGCCCCUUUCCAGGAGUGAUAGAUAUGUUUGGUGAUGAAGGUGGGUUAAUUGAAUACCGAUCCAGCCUUCUGGCUACUCAUGGCUUUGCUGCUCUUUCCCUGCCAUAUUUUAAUUUUGAGGAUCUUCCCAAAACCAUGGAGGAUUUCCACCUUGAAUACUUUGAAGAGGCAGCUAGGUUUCUACUGCGCCAUCCAAAGGUGAGUAUGGUAAGGAUUGUUUACCUAUACAUACAGCUCCUUGCUCUCCUGCAGUUGAAAGAGUCUGUAUGGACGACAGUUUUGAGAAAAAACGGCACUUCAUCCCUUGAGGAAAUACCAAUGUUUGUUUUUAGAUCUUGUACUUACUAGCUGAAGAAAUCAUGGGAUCAGGUCAGAUCAAAUCAUCUGCCUUUCUGGAAGAAGACUGGUUCUAUUGGGAUAUGCUUUGGAGAAGGGAUUUAAAAAACUUUGUGUAAUUUUAAGAAAUUAACAAAUAGUUUUAUUGUGAAUAUAUUGUAAACCUAGUUUUCCAUGCUAAUAAAAUAACAUUUUUUUAAUGGGUUAGACUAUUUGAAUUGAUAUUUUGGUAUCAGCUUUUAGGUUUGAUGUGUGUUGUUUUCACAGAAUAAGUUAAUAAUUUGGCAGGUUUCUCUAUAUAUCAGGGAUGCUCCACAACACAGACUUCUAACAUGUGUUCUUUCUUCUCUUCACCUCUACAAUUCUCACUCGUGCUGUUUCAUUCAUCCCGAAGGUUAAAGGGCCAGGAAUUGGUGUUAUUGGGACUGGCAAAGGAGCAGAAUUGGCAUCUUCAAUGAUGACUUUCUUGCCAGAAGUAGUGGCUGCCGUCUGCAUUUCUGGUUGCAGCUCCAUCACAGCCACUGCCCUCCAUUAUGGCAAACUUACAUUGCCUGGGCUUUGCUUUAAUAUGAGCAGAGUCAGUAUUUCAGAGAAUGGUGUUUUCGACAUUUACGAAGCCUUGGACGACCCAAUGGACCCAGCUAAUUCACGUAGUCGCAUCCCCAUAGAAAAAGCAGAAGGGCACUUCCUUUUUGUAGUCGGGGAAGAAGACCGCAUUUGGAAGAGUUCUUUAUAUGCUGAGAUAGCCACUGGGUGCCUGUGCCAACACGGGAAGGACAACUUUACACUCUUGAGUUACUCUGGAGCAGGCCAUCAAAUUAAUCCAAUAUUUACCCCAGUUUGUCUGGUAGCCUUAGACCGUGUUUUAGGGGUGCCUAUUUUGGGUGGCGGAGAGAAGAGAGCUCAUGCCCAUGCCCAAGAACAUUCUUGGGGGAAGAUUUUGGAGUUUCUGCAGUUCCACUUGAGAUGAUCACUCAAAUAGCUGCACACCGGCAACCGAAGUUGUGGGUAAAUGUGCCAAAGGGCCUGAGGAGGAAGGAAAGACAUGAAACAUGUUGUAUGGACCUAGCUGGAGUAAAUUAUUAUCUAAACUGAUGACAAGGUAAGAUUGGACUGAUUCAGAGCGGAACAUCCAAAAGUGUAUAUGAUAAAAUAUGUUUGGGAUGAAGAACUCUAACGAUAAAAACAUGCAGGUAUAUGAGUUGGUUGAGGGUGUAAAUAUGAAGCUGUAAACCCUGGCCAGCUCUUAAAAGAUCAAAGGCGGCAAACCAUAAUGAAUUUAAAGGUAAACAAACAAACUUGUUCUUCAAAACCAGCAAAAAAAAUCUGCCAUUUUGAAAUCAAAUAUCCAGAAUAUGACUACUUUCUGCUAUCUUGAAAUUUCUGGAAUAUGUCUACCUUUAGCAAACACAGCCAAUGUUACUACUUGAAGACAAAGCCAGGAGGUCUUUAAAACAUAUGGAUAGAAAAAGACUAGAGUCACACAUAGCCUGACCUUCUAAUUUUAAAACGAAAACCAUACCUGGCCAUAAUUUUCUUGGAUGUUGUGUGGUAUUACUCUCUCCUUGAUAUGAAGCAAAAUGAGACUAGCAUAAAGUUAUGCAAAUGAGGAUUGCAAUGGGACUGUACACUCCUUGUCUUAAACACCACAUUUUUCUACCUAAUAGAUUUGUCCAUUAAUGUUACCGCUUCAUGAACCUCUUUAGUCAAUAAUGUUUUUAUUUUUCUGAUGUAUUUUUAUUUUUGUCCUACUCCAUCCUGUGUUGUUUUUUUACAUUACAUUAAACUAUCAGUGAAGUCAGAAGACAAAUAAUUAGAAUCAUAGAAUCACAGAAUUGUAGAGUUGGAAGGGAUCCAACGGUCAUCUAGUCAAAAGCUCUGCUGUGCAGGAAUUACAGCUAAUUAGUUUCCUAUAUUAUUACAACAGGCAGAAUUCUUUACACAAAGUACUGGAGAUUGCCAACCAUAACAAAAAUCAAAUGAUGAGUCAGAAAAUCAUGGGCUUUAGCAAUUAUGGCUAAACUGACCUUUUUUAAAAAAAGGACAGAGACAAAAUAAAGUUUUAGCAAAAUGUGAGAAAAUUGUUGAUUAUACUAAGAGAUUGUUUAAAACCAAUAAAGACCGAUGGUUUUACAAUGUAUUUAUAUUUUGGGAAGUGAAUUUUUGGAAAAAAUAUGUAUGUCUGUUUUAUUAUAAGACUAUUACUCAAAUUUGGAAAUGUGAAGUCAGUUUUCUUUCCUUUGAUUUCUUUUUUGAGUAGGAAUAGAUCAACAAUUUCCUUAUAUUAGUAUUAUUAUUAUCAGAUUCAUGUCUAGAGUUUUGUUGUGCACUUGGUUAUGAUUAAUGUUACUCCUUGUGAUGUCACAGAUUUAAUUAUUUUCUUUGAUAUUAUAAAUGUACGGAAUGGAAGUAUUGUGUUAAUAAAAGAAAAGAAACAUUAAAAUGUAUGCUAAGUCAUGC